AGAAAACACGAAACAACCACGCUCACCAAAACAGCUACCAGAAUGGAACCUCCUCCGACGCAAUCCAUUGAGUCCAUCAAGGCCUUCCAGCUCCAAGGAGAUGAACAGGACAAAGCUGUCAACGAAUGUUGUUCUUGCUGGUAUGACUGCACGGAGAGCUGCUUUGAUUACUUGUUCUGUAACUUCUGUUAAUCUCGAGCUCUAGUAUGUAAAAAUAAAAACAAAAAAAAAAGAAAAAGACCCAGUUCUCUAUUAUGUUCAGAACAUGUUAAUUGAUCUCUUUUGAAUGAGAAAGAUGAGAAUUUUCUGAUUCAGAGUGAAUUGAUGUUUCCUUAUCUGCUUUUUUUAAAGUUUUUUUGUUGAAUCAAUUACACCCUUCUAG